AUGGACUCUAUGCGAAGCCUGAACUCGUCUCUUCCCGGUCCUGGACAUUCGGCCAAGCACGAGGAUCCCGCCCGACUGCUCGCCGCCUUCAAAGCCGCCGCUUUGUCCGUCACUAAUCUAUACAAGAGUGCUGCCGCGGACCAGGGGAGAGCACGAUCGGAAGGCUACCAAGAUGCUCUGGACGAGCUCCUGACGUAUUUGGACAAGGAGAAUAUCGGUCUGAGCGAUGGGGAGGGGUGGCGGAUCCGGAGAUGGGCUACGGAGAGACUGGAUGGGAGAACCCCGACGGUUGAAAGUGACGACGAGGUCUCGGAUAAUCAUAAAGCAACUGAUCGAAGCUCAUCGCCAGUCAUACAAAGGGCGGAUCCUAGCCCAACAACUCGAGUCCCUGCGUCAAACCCUACACGAACGGUCUCUCCGGUACGAACAGAAUCGGUUCCUCUACCCGCUUCCGUACCUGCUUCCGUACCGAUCAACGUGGAACCGGCUCCAGCCGCCAGCUUCGUGCCUCCACAAGCUACAUUCACUUUCCGCUCUUCUCCUCAGUACCAACAAGAUACAGACAUUAUUCUGUCAGACCUCGAUUUGUCGGAUAACACUCGUACCCCCGACGCCGGUGCAAAUCGGCCCUUACGUACUAGACACAACGCUCGACCGGGAAGCAGACCGACGACAACAAUAGGAAGGGCCGCUGGGCAAAAGCGAAAGAUCAACUUCGGCGAGUUUUUCGACAUCGGAAACUUGGGUCAAGGACGGGACAGGGACAGUUUUGGAGGUGCGGGUGGUGGUGGCGGGAAGCGUAGCCGGCCUGCCUGA